AUGGCAUUAAUUGUCCUCUUACUUUCCUCUAUUGGAGAGCUUUCUUGGCAGGAAACCAUCUUCUUGUUAGGAGCAAACCGCCCUCCUGCUCCCGUCAACGUGUCUGUGAUGCACCUGAGGGCCGACUCUGCCACCGUCUCCUGGGAGGUACCUGAAGGUGACAUCAUCAUCGGCUUCUCCAUCUCACAGCAGAGACAGCAGGGCCACACCCAGCGCUUCAUCAGGGAGGUGAAUACCACCAGCAAGGCCUGUGUUCUGUGGGAUCUGGACGAGGAGACAGACUAUAUUAUCCAGGUCCAGUCCAUUGGUCUGUACGGAGAGAGUCAGGCCAGCAAGAGGGUCCACUUCAGAACCCUCAAGAAGUCUGACCGCUUCCUGUCCAAUAGCUCCAACCAAGAUGACCCUGCAGUGGAAGGUCUGGACAAGUCACGGCAGCUCCAGACAGGAGAGGUGGUCAUCAUUGUGGUCGUGCUGCUCAUGUGGGCAGCUGUCAUUGCCCUGUUCUGUCGGCAGUAUGACAUCAUCAAGGACAACGACUCUAGUACCGGCAAAGACAAGGUAAAGCCGUCGUCGUUGGCGAGCACGCCAGAACACUGCUCCGGAGGACUGCUAAGGAAUAAGUUUCAUCCGUCGCUACAAUCCAUCAACAUAAUUGAGGUUUAAAGGGAAAGAAUGCAGAAUGCAGACGCCAAUUCCAACCUUCCUCCU